ACAGGUCACAACCCUUUCGGGGCUCAUGAAACCGAGCGAGUGACCUUUUUUUGAAUGGAAUAGAAAAAAAUCAGGAUCUGGGGCACAGUAGGCAUUGUUUCGUGAGACUUGUUUCACUUCCGUAGAUGUGGGUUGAGGCCCGGUGGAGAACCGCAGACGGUUCAGCAGCCCGGUUCCUGAGCCCCGGGCUGCGAGGACGUUCUCGGGAAGACAGGCCCGGCCGUUUCCGUCUCGGCGCCGGCGGCGGGGAGGAAGCCGCCCGCCCAGCCCACGACAGUUGCGGAGAACGAGCCUCCGCAGCCCCUCCCGGCUCUGCCCUUCUCGGGCUGAACCCCAGUGAGCUUCACUCCAGUGCGGGGGCCUCUCCUCACAUCCAGAUUCGGGGGUCUCGGCCCGGCGUCCCCCUUCCUAGCCUCUGGGUCCGAUGGCUGCCGCCGGCCUCUCCUGCCUCUGCACUUCCGUUCCGUGUCCCCUGCGGUGACCAGCCACUGUCCCCUCGUCCCCAUGGUCCCGUGCCGGGUAGCGCAGCACACGGGGACCAUCGUCCCCCCGCCGGGUCCGGUGGUCCGUGCCUGUGCACCAAGCAUGGCCGGCCCAGGGCCAGCUGCCACCCACGCGCUCUCUCAACAGGCUGCAAAUUAAAUCGUCUGAACUCGGUUGUUGGCGAAUACGCAGGCGCCUGCUUACAGGUAGCCCAAGACUGUGGGAUCGAUGUGCUUGACCUGUGGACCCUGAUGCAGAAGGACUCUCAGGACUUCUCAUCCUAUCUGUCGGAUGGACUGCACUUGUCACCGAAGGGAAAUGAGUUUUUGUUCUCCCACCUUUGGCCCCUGAUAGAGAAGAAAGUCUCGUCCUUGCCGUUGCUGCUCCCGUACUGGCGAGACGUAGCAGAAGCCAAACCGGAACUGAGCCUUCUGGGAGAUGGGGACCGCUAGCCUCCGAAAACCAUGCGGCAGAGAUCCCGAGAUAAGUGAUCAGACCUUUGCUCAGGACCUUGGAAUAAAAACCACUGAACCUCUGCCACCAAGAUUAAUAAAAACGUUAGAAUUUUCAGGGGAGCUUUGUACCUCGGUACGUUGUGUGGUAAUAUCUGACUGAGGCAGGUGUCCUCAGUGCCCCAGCUACGGAACCAGCCCUGGGCGGCUUGUUUAUACGUGGAAAAAAGGUUGAAGGGUAUUUUGAAAGCCAAAAAAACUAAAACCUGAAAGCCUCAAAAUAAGCUAGAUUCACC